AUUAAUUUGUGGGAAGCAGAAUAAAUCUGCGCCUAUAAAAGUGAGAGUGCCCUUCUCUCCAAGUUAAGAAUCGGUGAGGCGACUAAUUUCCUGAUCCCAACCAAGCUUCGUCUAACCAUGCUUACAGUAAGUGUAAAGUGGCAAAAAGAGACUUUCAAAGGCGUAGAAAUUGAUACUUCCCAGCUUCCGUAUCUUUUCAAAUGCCAGCUGUACGAUCUCACAGGAGUUCCUCCAGAGAGGCAAAAGAUUAUGGUGAAGGGCGGUUUGCUAAAGGAUGAUGCAGACUGGUCAACUUUAGGAGUGAAAGAGGGUCAAAAGAUGAUGAUGAUGGGAACUGCUGAUGAGAUUGUGAAGGCACCUGAAAAGGGGACUGUUUUCAUGGAAGAUCUUCCAGAGGAAGAACAAGUUUUAGCCGUUGGUCAUACUGCUGGAUUAUUUAAUCUUGGAAAUACCUGUUACAUGAACUCCACUAUCCAAUGCUUGCAUUCUGUUCCUGAACUGAAAUCUUCUUUGGUGCAGUAUUCACAUUCUGGUAGAACCAAUGAUUUGGAUCAGUCAUCCCAUCACUUGACUCUUGCCACCAGAGAUCUAUUUGGCGAGCUUGAUAAAAGUGUCAAACCAGUGUCGCCAAUGCAGUUUUGGAUGGUGUUAAAGAAAAAAUAUCCACAAUUUGGUCAGCUGCAUAAUGGAGCCUUCAUGCAACAGGAUGCUGAAGAAUGUUGGACACAGAUUUUAUAUACGUUAUCUCAAUCUCUUGGGUCAUCAGGUUCUAGUGAAAGUGCUGAUGCAGUGAAGGCACUUUUUGGUAUAGAACUUGCUAGCAGGGUGCAUUGUCUAGAAAGUGGUGAAGAAAGCUCAGAGAGAGAAUCAAUUUAUGCACUCAAAUGCCACAUAUCACAUGAGGUUAACCAUUUGCAUGAGGGGCUAAAGCAUGGUUUGAAGUCCGAACUAGAGAAGGCUUCACCAUCUUUGGGUCGCAGUGCAAUUUACAUAAAAGAUUCUCGUAUAAGCAGCUUGCCGAGAUACUUGACCAUUCAAUUUGUAAGAUUCUUCUGGAAGAGGGAAUCAAACCAGAAGGCCAAGAUUUUGAGGAAAGUAGAUUAUCCUCUGGAAUUGGAUAUUUAUGAUUUAUGCUCCGAUGAUCUUCGGAAAAAAUUGGAAGCUCCUCGUAAGUUUCUAAGAGAUGAAGAAGGUAAAAAGCUUGGUUUGAAACCCAGUGGAAAAAGCUCUGAUGAGAAGGAUGUGAAGAUGACUGAAGCUGAGGGGUCAUCAAAUACAAAUGGAAUGUCCUCUACGAUGACCACAACAGAAAGUGCAGAAGCUGCUGGCAAAGAAAUGCAGUUGACAGGAGUAUACGAUCUAGUCACUGUGCUGACACACAAGGGCAGAAGUGCUGAUUCUGGACACUAUGUUGCAUGGGUUAAACAAGAAAACGGCAAAUGGAUUCAAUUUGACGAUGACAAUCCAAGUCAACAGCGGGAGGAAGACAUCACUAAACUUUCUGGUGGAGGUGACUGGCACAUGGCUUAUAUUUGCAUGUACAAGGCUCGCGUCGUUCCCAUGUAGAACCAACCGCAUUUCGAUUUGUGUUUUAACAACAUUUUUUUAGACCUUUUUGAAUUACAAAUAAUUCAAGCUAGCAGUGUAUGGUGGUUGGUUGUAAGCUGGAUUAAAUAUGGUCAUCUUUUCCUCUUUUAACUUUUUGUACUAUGAAAUUUGAUUGAAGUUAAACUUUUUGGAAAUCA